AUUAAGUCUUCAAACCACUUUCACAUAAUUAUUUGAUAUCGACAGUGAGUAUACGUGUUUGAAGCUAGACACUACUAUUAUUUUCAUCUCUUUGGGUGAGCUGCAAUUGAAGCAAGCACAAGUUGCGUUUUGAGCGACAGAAGAAAACCACUAAAAAAACAGCAAGACCAAGCAAAGACAGCAACAAUGUCGGACGGAGAAUACAGCACGACGAUGGCGGGGGACCAGGCUCUAAUGGAGGCAUUGAAAGUUAUCGACAAGAAUGAAGCUCACAUCAAGUACCUUGAGACUAGCGUGACUUCACUAACUGGGCAGGUCACGAAGUUAACGAAUGAUAAGGAAAUUUUAUACAAACAAAUGGCAGAGCUUAAAGCUGACAACGAGAGGUUGCGAGAAGCUACUGGUGGCGGGGGAGACCUGCAGGUUAAGGAGCUUCUACGAGUAAACCACCAAUGGGAUUUGGAGUAUAAAGAACAAGAAGAAGCGUUUCGUCGCUACAGAAUAGACUCUCAACAAGCACAACAUGAAAACCAAACUUACAUUGCAAAACUAAAAGAGGAAAAAGAUUAUCAAUCGCACGAAAUAGCCUCGUUACAACGUGAUCUCCGUAGAGCUGGAGGAUCAGGUGACUCACAAAUCGAAGUGACUUCAUUGAAACGUGAAGUUUCCCAGUACGAGAAAAUUAUCGGAACCUUGAAGCAGAGAAAUCACGACCUUGAGGAACAGAUGUAUACGGGGGCUGGCCGCCAUGGUGACGGACGCAAAGUAAAGCAAUUGGAAGAAGAGAUCUUAUUGUUGAAACAGCAGGUGACGGCUUAUUGUGAGGACUUUGAAGCAGAGCGUAGAGACAGGGAAAGGUUGGUGGAGGAGAAGCAAAGCCUGGCACUGCGUCACGAGGCUGAGAUCACAUCACUCAAGCUACAGCUGGACAGGUGUCGCAAUGAGCUGACUCACUACAGUACAGAGGCCACACGAUUAGCCCAGCAGUUGAGACUCAAGAACCAGUUUGAGGAAGAGCAGUACAAGAGGCACUUGGAGAGUAGGGGCUUUGUAUCGAGGGGUUCCAACAGCACCCUACCCCCACUGGACCCGUACGUUGAACACGACCCCCCAUCACACAGCGCCCCCUCAAUAUUAGAGCCCCCACAACCUGCCCCCCGGAGAAACAGUCCCCCCACACGACGUGAUAACCACGGCAACUAUUUACUCGCACGAUCAUCCGUUAGUGAGGACCCUCACUCUGCCCCGGCUUCUAUGGGGAAUGAGCAACCUUCUCCUCCAAUAGUUGAAAGAAAACGAUCUGCAAGCCCUCAAAACUUUAAAACCAACAAUCCAGCCUCAAGAUCUAAUGGUGGUAUGAACGGCCAUACUCAAAGUGGCUACAGCAACGGCUAUGUUGAACUUACCCCACGGGUUGCAAAUGGACACCAAAACGUCUACCCUGACGCAACUUAUCCUGCUUUUCCACGAGGUCAAAGCAUACAUUCUAACGGCUACAUUAUGCAAAACGGUGGAGUGGUAGAAGCUCAAGCACCACGUCGUGUAGAGAUCGACACCGGAAGCAAGAAAAUAGCAACACCUCCGCAAAUGAACGGAAUAAACGGACACAGCGUAAUAAACUCUGCUAAUUCGUCCCCUAAGCGUGUGACCAGUGACGGAACCACUAGUACCAGCACUAGAGCCAAUGUUGUUAUCAGUAGAUCUGAAGAAGCCCUCAAGAUUCCACCAAUGCAGACCAAGGGACGUCAUAAAUGCCCACGUUGUGCACGAAGAUUUCAGUCCAAUGGUGAAUGCGAGGAUCAUAAAGCUCGGUGUAUCAGUUAAAUCUCAGGAACACUGCGAUUAAUGAUUUAGUUGAAGUGUCAUUAUUUUUAUUGUGUUUGCGUUUUAUCUCUAUUUAAUUUGCAUGACAUUAAUUUUGAGUGUCCUAAUUUUUCAGCACACGAUAAUUUUAAUUACACAAGACCUCCAGCACAUGCCCUGCUGCUGUGUGUAUGGUUGCUCCCUCAACACUAACAAAUUAAAAAUAAUUUUUAUUGCAGAAAAAA